AAAGCGUAGAAACACAUGGCGACAAAUAGUAAUAAAAUGGCAAGUCGUAAAUUUGUUGACGUGUUUAAGAAAACGAAUGGAGUUAUUAUUGGGAUGCUCCAUCUUCCAGCAUUGCCAGGCACACCUAAGAGCACAAUGUCUGUGGCUAAAAUAUGCGAUGUCGUUUUAAAAGAAGCUGAAAUUUACACCAGAGCUGGAUUGGUAAAUUUGUUUUUCAAGCUUUUUAUUUCCCCAUCUAGCAACCUUGUAUUAUAUCUAACAGAUCUUGAUUUCAUUCGAGCCGAAGGUUUUGUGUUUUCUCACAUCGGCGACGAAGGUUUUAUCGAUUCUUGCGCCGCUUCGUUGCUUCGUUACCGGAAGCAAAUAGAAGCUGAUCAUGUUCUUGUGUUUACAGAUAUCAAGAAAAAACACAGUUCACACUCAAUAACCAGCGAUACCAGCAUAUCAGAAACCUCACGGGCAGCAGAAUUCUUUCUUUCUGACGGAGUUAUUGUGACCGGAAAUGAAACUGGAAGUUCGACUGAUUUGAAUCAAAUUAAAGACGUUCAAGAUGAAGUUGGCAUCCCAGUGUUGGUUGGUUCUGGUGUAACAGCCGACAAUGUUGACAAAUACAUCCACACUUCCGCACUCAUUGUUGGCUCUCAUUUCAAAGUUGGAGGUGUUUGGUCAAAUCCUGUUGAUGCAAAUCUGGUGCAAAAGUUCAUGAAGAAAGUCAGAGAGAUGAACAAGUGUUGACGAAUAUUGUGUGAACAGAUUAACUGUGCAAUAAACUAAUACUGUGCAAGGUGUAUUUCCAUUAGUAAAGGCAAAAAUGACCUAAAUAUU